AUGUCUUAUAAUGCUUUUCUGAAAAGACUGAGAACAAGCGUGGCCGCCGGAAAGAUAAACGAGAUCGAUACUCUUCCGGCGGCUAGUGAAAACAAGUAUGUGAGAAUACAUUUGAGGUUUAUGGAUGCAGACGAGGUAAGCUGCCACGUUUUCUUGAGAGCAUCGGACUUAUACUUUAUUGGGUAUGAGAAUAAAGAUCACACAUUGGUAGCACUUGAACCCGAUAACACAAAGACACAGGAAGUCGAUGCUCAAUUUUCCACCCUUCCACCACCUCCCGUACCUCCUGCACAGCCUGUUCAAGUCGAAGAAUUGAGCUUCAGAGGUACAACAGACUUGUGA